AUGGGUUCAGCAUAUACUAUCAUGGGAAGAUCAGUACCAUCACAUCAAUUAGCCAUUGCUACAUUAUGUGCAGUUGGUUUAUUAGUUGUACCAAAUCCUUUUGCUUCAAAACCUGCACAUCCACCAAUUAAAGCUUCAUCACCAGAAGAAGAAAAAUUUGUUAAGGAAUGGUUAGCUAAACAUGAUAAAGUUGAAGAAAAGCAUUAA